AUGGCGCUUUUCACCCCCAAGAACUUCUACUCGUGCGGCUGCCUGUUCCUGGUGGGGGAGCACGCCCUGCUCGGGCGCCUGUCCGCCACGUGCCCCCCCGCGCCGGACGAGCUUGGCAUGCUCGGGCAGACGGUGCUCAGCCAGGACCCCCUGGUCGGGCGCCCUACCGUUGCUCUCUCGGCGGAAGGUCCGGUGGUGUCCGACCCCUGGUGCCUGCUGGACCUGGAGGCCUCCAGGAGAGGGUUCAAGUACGCCUUCCCCCCGGGCAUCUUGCAUAUCUGCCUGGCAGCCUACCGGUGCGAUGUGCGGUGUAAUAUCGGGUUCAGCACGGCGCCCGUGCUGAUUCGGGUCUACGCGCUGGAUGCAUUCGACUCGGUUCCCAGGGCGAUGAGCUUUUCCAGGACGAUCUCAUGUACUCAGGUUGUUCCAAGUCUCUUCAAGAAGCUGUUGCACGAGGCUGUGCUCAGGAGACUGGAGCGCGCCUCGUAUUCGAAGCUGAUGGUCGACUCGCUCACGCACCGCUUUUGGGGGUGCGAGGCCUGCCAAGAGGAGAGGGAGGAGCUCGUGGGCCAGGAUAUGAUCAGGUGGGCGAGCGAGGCCACAGGACCCGACCCUCCUAUCCGCGGUCGCAUCUUCCUGGACGGGAGCUGCUUCCCAUCCUUUCUCAAGGAGUUGUCUCGGGCUGGUUGGGGCUUCGUGGCGGCGUCGUUCGAAGGCCACCUGCUGGCCGGAGGCACGGGGGAGGCCGUCCUGUCCUCCCCGACCGUGCGCCCUGCCGCGGCGCUCAGGUGGUGCCUGCUCCUCGCCAUGCAGUGCCCGUACAAGGCCAAGUGCCAGUACGCCUACUACGUCUGCCUCGUCACCGCCGUCGUGGCGGGGACGUCCGGCGUCAUCAUGGGCAUGAUCGGCUAUUCGAUUGUCCACGUGGAUACCCUCAAAGAGCCUGACCUGACGCCUCACAAGAUGUCAACGUCAACCAAGAGGUGGGGCUACGUGGCUAGGACGUGCCCAUACGUUUCCCGCGGGCUGUUCGUGCUCGCGGGCAUGGCCGCGGGCGGCGCCAUCGCGGCGGCCCACUAUACCUGCCCGCCUGUGGGCGACGCGCAGUGGGAGAACCAGUGGCGCCAGCCCUGGCCGCGGUUCAUGCCGCGAUGGCGCGCCAGCGACGCUGGCGAAGGCGUUGGUUGA